AUGCAGGAAGUGACCACUCUUUUUGUGAGAACUGGACCGGGUUCUUACGCCCGUCUACGCUCGUUUUAUCCGUCGAUUCCGCGAUGCCCCCGAACGCGGCCUUCUCUACGCUCUUUCUCAAACGACUCUCGCUCGAAUUCGUCCAUUGAGACGCUUCUACCAUCCGGAGGCCACGCCCCUCUCAGCGGAAGCCCCAGCGCGAGAUUGAGUACUGCCAGCGAUGGCCUUUACUCGCCGUCGCUCUCGACAGCUUCAUUCUCGACCUCCGCAUCGCUUUCCGAACCCCAGAACUGGGAUGAGAACCCCGAUCUUUCAAUAUCUGCUUUCUCGGAAUUACCGUCCAAGGACUUCGGUGUCAACCAACAUAUGAUCAUCAACCAAGAAUUCAAGGAAGCCUUGCGUCAGAUUCUAUGGCAAUUUCGAGCCCCAAUUCGAUACGCCUUCGCAUAUGGCUCCGGCGUCUUCUCGCAAUCCGGCAGUGCGGCUGGCUCUAGCCAAUGCCACCCGUCUGCCCCAGCAGCCAUCCAGAAUAUGCAGCAAGGCAAGGGCAAAAUGAUCGAUUUCAUCUUUGGGGUGUCAUAUUCUCAGCAUUGGCACGCCUUGAACUUAAAUCAACACCGUGACCAUUACUCUGGCUUAGGCUCUUGUGGGUCUUACGUGGUGUCUCAAGUUCAGGACAAACUGGGAGCGGGCGUAUAUUUCAAUCCAUAUGUGACCGUCAAUGGCACGCUGAUUAAGUACGGUGUCGUGAAUCUCGACACGCUGUGCAGAGAUCUUACCCAGUGGGAUACGUUGUAUCUCGCUGGACGGUUACAAAAACCCGUGAAGAUUCUGCGCGACCAUCCCAAAGUGCGCCUAGCCAACCAGAUGAACUUGCUGUCGGCGGUCCGGGUGGCAUUGCUCUUACUGCCAGCCGAGUUCAGCGAAUUUGAGCUGUACACGACUAUCGCGGGAAUCAGUUAUAUGGGCGACCUUCGUAUGUCAUUACCGGCUGAGGAUCCUCGGAAAGUUAGGAACAUCGUCUCGGGUCAGAUGGCUCAUUUCCGGCGGUUAUAUGCGCCCCUCAUCGAGAAUCUUCCUAACGUCACAUUCAACGACAAACGCUGCUUGGAAGAAGAUUGGAUCGAUGAUCCCAACGCCAAUGUGCGACUGACACAGGAUAUGGACCCCGUGAAGCGCGGCAAUAUGGUGCGACGGCUACCCGAGUCAUUCAAACAGAAGCUGUACUUCCAGUAUCAGUCGCGAUUCGAGAUUCCGCGCGCCACAUUUAACAAAAUGAUGGAAGAUAGCAGCGACAGCAACUCGGAAGUAGUGCGCCCGAGACAGGGCGGCCCAUUCGAGCAGAGAAUAGCUGAUGAUGAGAACCUCAAGAAGGAGGUGCAGGCAUCAAUUUCAAAAACGAUCCGCUGGCCCAGUACUGUACAGAGUAUCAAGGGUUUGUUCACCUCCGGACUGAGCAGAACCUGGCGUUACGUGAGCGAGAAACAGAGUAAGUACAGGACGUCCGGUAAGAAAACCAGCGCUACUCCUGAAGAGACCACUUCAAAAGAAACGAAGCAAGAAUAA